CCUUUAAGAAAGUGAACAUUUUUUCUUCUUGCAAGGAGUGACUUUGCUAUCUGAUAGGUGCAGCCAUGGCUUCUCUUUGAGAUCAAGCCAAUCCAAGCGAGAAUAGAGAGUGAAGUUCAUUAUUCCCAUAUAGCAAAUGGAGGUGAAAUCCCCAGCAGUAGUGAAACGCCACUAUGACAUCACCAUGUCAAGAAGAACCAGGAAGCAAUCAAUUGCAGUGCAAACCAAUGAUCAGAAACCAACAAUAUCAGUAACUGCUGACACCACAACAACAAAGGAUAAUGUUGUUGUUUCAUUAGAAAAACAACAACAACAACAAAAACAACAAGGCAUUCCUGAGGUGAAAGAAGUGGAGAACGUCGAUCAUAAGAGCUUGAAGCAGCUGAUCAUAGGUGAUCAAGAUCACCAUAAAGAUGUUGCAAGGAAGUCUAAUAAUGAGGAUGAUGGAGGAGGAGGAGAAGGCAAAGGAAUUAGGAACUCACUUGGUGAACAUUUCACUGAAGAAGAGAAGCAGCUUCAGCUGGUGAAGAUGCAGCAGAAAGAUAACCAGCUCCAAGGUUUGAAGUUCAAGAAGUUGGUGCGUCGCUAUGCCAAAGUGUUGGGGCAUUUGAUGAAGUCUAAGCGUGACCCUAUUUUAGGUGAUGCUGGGAAAAAACCUGUUUUCAAGUUAUCAGGCUAGGGAAAUUUUUUCAUGAUUUGGUUUGAUCUAUUUUCUAUAUUAUGUAUUUGCUUAAGCCAGGAAAAUGCAUUAACUUUACCCCUUCUUCUUGUCCUUUGUGUAUCCUUAUUCAUGCACGUUGCAUUAUGCUAUAUAUUUUUAUUGUAUCA